GUUCGCAUGCCAUAUCUGAUCUCGAAAAGAUUAGUAUGUUCUUAGCCAUCUAAUAUACAAGGUUGAAAUAACUUCCAUUGAAGUGCAACACUUAAAAACAUAUCAGAGAACAUGCAGCCAUCUAAGUUCAUAACUUUUGAGGAGGAAUUGAAGAAUAAUCCCGAAUUAAAAGAGUCUGAUAUUCAAAUGUUGAGAGAGUGGAAUGCCAAACAACCACACCUGCCGAAAAUUUCGGACACUGACCUGGCCCUCUUUUUGCAUAGCAAUUAUUAUUUAAUGGAAGCAGCAAAAAGUGCAAUUGACGCUUAUUAUACAGUCAGAACGCACGUACCCGAGUUCUUUUCAAAUAGAGAUAUCUGGACGACGAAAGAACUUCAAAAAGCAGCAAAUGUGGGUGCUGCCACAGCUCUGCAGGGGACAACUAAAGAAGGAUAUAAAAUAAUUUUCUGGAAAUUGCUGGACUUAGAACCAUCACAUUUCGUGCAUAAUGACAUUGUGAAGUAUUAUUGUAUGGUCUUGGAUCUUUGGUUACAAACCGAUGGUACAAAAACUGGACAUAUCAUUUUGGUGGACAUGCAAGGAGUUUCUUUAGGACAUGUUGGUCGUCUGAGUCCUAUGACGACAAAAAAGUUUCUUUAUUAUCUUCAAGAUGCCUUGCCAGUUCGUUUGAAGGGACUACAUUUCAUGAAUUCGGUGCCUGCCAUGGAUCUGAUUCUUGCUAUGAUGAAACCCUUUAUGAAGAAAGAACUUUUGGAUAUCUUGCAUAUUCAUACAACCAAAGACACUUUGAAAAAAUUCAUUCCAUUGGAAAUAUUGCCGAACGAGGCAGGCGGAAACGCUGGAGCUUUGAAUGAUUAUCAUCAAGCGAGAAAAAAGGAUUUAGAGGAUUAUCGUGAUUGGUUUGCACAAGACGAAGCCAACAAUCGUGUGAAAGAAUCCCUGCGUCCUGGAAAAGCCAAAAAUGUAACUGAUAUUUUUGGCGUUGAAGGCAGCUUCAAAAAACUAGAUAUAGAUUAGAAACAAAAGUGUAAAAUUUUCAAUUUUGAAAUAUGGACUGCAAUGUCUAAUA